AUGUCCCACUUCUCGCGUGAGGCAACAAAAUUGCUGCAGGCCGCGGAGGACGCCCUCUCCGGCCGGGGACAGAGCGCAUGGUUGCACCAACCAGCAGCAGCCGCGCAGUCUGGGGCGGCGGAGCGCCACGAUGACGUUUCGCUGGCCAUGCGCAGCAGUCCGCAUGUGCUAGAGCUGCAGCGCCAACUGCGCGUGGCGAUGUCAGAGAUCAACGACCUCCGUUGUGAGUUGAUGGCGGAGCGGGAGUCGCGAUCGCAAACACUCACCUCACUGGGUCGACGCUGGAAAGAGGAGGUGAUGGUGGAGCUUCGCGCUGCCGACCACCAGUCGCGUCGUGUGGUUGCUGAGUUCGAGGCGGGGG